UCACGUCACAGGUCUGUGCAACAGUCGAUAAAAGCCUUUGGUUGUGAUUUAGAGCUUUAGUGGAACUUGUGCUGCAUGACUUGCAGAGAUGUGCUACCUCCUCUAUUUCUCCACGGAGACAUGGACCCUCCUGGUUGCUCUCAUCACACUGAUCUUUGUGUAUGCCUGCUGGCCAUAUGGAACAUUUAAGAAAUUGGGCAUCCCUGGCCCCAAACCAAUCCCUUUUUUCGGCACUAUGCUGGCAUAUAGAAAGGGAUUUACUAACUUUGACACAGAGUGCUUCAAGAAAUAUGGGAAAACAUGGGGCAUUUUUGAUGGCCGUCAGCCUGUGCUGUGUAUCACAGAUCCUGCCAUGAUAAAAACUGUUCUGAUAAAGGAGUGUUACUCUCUCUUCACCAAUCGCAGAAACUUCCGUCUGAACGGGAAACUGUACGAUGCCGUGUCCAUCGCUGAGGAUGACCAGUGGCGGAGGAUCCGCAGUGUCCUCUCUCCCUCCUUCACCUCAGGAAGACUGAAAGAGAUGUUUGACAUAAUGAAGCACCACUCUGCUAACCUGAUCAGUAGCAUGAAAAAGAUGGCAGACAAGGAUGAACCCUUAGAGCUGAAGGAGUUCUUUGGACCCUACAGUAUGGAUGUAGUAACCAGCACAGCCUUCAGUGUAGACAUAGACUCACUCAACAAUCCCUCAGACCCCUUUGUCACUAACAUCAAGAAGAUGCUGAAGUUUGACCUUUUCAGCCCUCUCUUCCUCAUUGUUGCUUUUUUCCCCUUUAUGGGUCCUGUUUUUGAGAAGCUGGAGUUUUCCUUUUUCCCUGCAUCUGUCACGGACUUCUUUUAUGCUGCACUGCAGAAGAUCAAGUCUAAUCGUGAGGCCACCAAGCAAAAGAGUCGAGUGGAUUUCCUUCAGCUGAUGAUUGACUCCCAGAAAAACAAUGACCCCAAUAAAGUGGAACAGGAUAAAGGUUUAAGUGAUCAUGAGAUCCUUUCUCAAGCAAUGAUUUUCCUCUUUGCUGGCUACGAAACAACCAGCAGCUCUCUCACUUUCUUGGCUUACAAUCUGGCGACAAACCCUCAUAUCAUGAAACGGCUGCAGGAGGAGGUCGACUCCACCUUCCCAAACAAGGCUCCAGCUAAGUACCAGGCUCUGAUGCAGAUGGAGUAUUUAGAUAGCGUCAUCAACGAGUCUCUCCGAUUGUACCCCAUUGCUGCACGUCUGGAGCGUGUGGCCAAGGCGUCUGUGGAGAUAAAUGGCUUUUUGAUUCCAAAAGAUAUGGUUGUCAUGGUACCCACAUGGCCCCUGCACCGGGACCCUGAUCUGUGGCCUGAGCCGGAGGAGUUCAAACCUGAGAGGUUCAGCAAGGAAAACAAGGAGAAUAUUGAUCCGUACACGUACAUGCCUUUUGGGGCAGGGCCAAGGAACUGCAUUGGGAUGCGAUUUGCUUUGGUGAUGAUGAAACUAGCAGUGGUGGAGAUCCUCCAGAGGUACAGCUUCUCUGUGUGUAAGGAGACUGAGGUCCCCAUUGAGAUGGACAUCCAGGGCCUGCUAAUGCCAAAACGACCAAUCAAACUGAAGCUGGUGCCACGAACUGAACCCUCAAGCUAAAAAAAACCCCCAGCAAAAUAAAAUAUAAUCAUUGUUGUGUACAGACCUAUUGAGAAUAAACACCAUGUCCAUUUUUCAUCCAUUGUUAUCAUGGUAAUAAUAUAGUUAUGCAUACAUCUGUAUCAGUUACUUCUCUUUUUUGUUCCUGUCAAAGCUUAUAUCAAUAUUCAUGCUAAAUUGAGUGACAAACCGAUAAUAUGUAAAACCUGUGUUAACUGUGUCAACAGUGUGUGUAACCUGUGUUUAAAUAGUGGGAUGUGUUGAGUCUCUGUAAAUAAUACUAUAAAGAGUACAGUCUGGACCUGCUCUAUAUGAAAAGUGCAAUGAGAUAAGUUCUGUUAUAAAUUGGUGCUAUAUAAAUAAAAUAAAAUUUAAUUGAAUUUAAUUAACAAUAAAGGAGAGUUUGGAUUUUUCUCAUGCA